AUGCCCGAAAGUGGCAAACGUUUCCAGUCGUUUGAAAUGCCUUUCUCUGCCAUGCAAGAUGUGCACUUGGAACAGCCCAUUCUUGGUGCUAAUUACCUCAGAGGGAUUGCAGUAGCUAUGCCUGGGUCUCAGCUGAGUGGUGAGAUUCCUUGGCGUCUAACAUUCAACAAGGGUGGCUGCAUCGAUUUUGGUCGUUGUCUUCUGGAAGCUGUCGAUAGAGCCGAAAGAUUCCGUCCCUCAAAUGCACCUCCUGCUUACGCUCCACCCAGUGGUCAUUUCUAUGCUGCUCCUCCGGACUACUAUGCCCCUGCUGCUGAUGGUCACAAUGGUCUUCAACCUCCUACACACGCUUUUCCGGAUCGUCCGCAAUCCAACACGGUAUUCAUGUGUGAGGCGCCACCUCCCUACCCGGGAAGUGAUACAAACUGUUUUGCUAUUCCAUUCAGUGAGUUACGAGACGAUCUCGAGCUCGAUGAUUCCUUCAAUCAACAGAUGAUUCAGAUGCUCAAAAGAGCGGCACCUACCGAACAACCAGUGGGAUGGUUCUACACCUCUUCCGAUCUUUCUUCCAAUUGCCUCAUCUACCACGACUACUACAACAGAGUCAUAAAUGAGGUAUCUCGGAAAGAGUCGCCCCCUCUCAUUCUGCUGACGCUUGAUACAACCUUUACCAGCGCCGAUGAUAAAUAUCGCGUGCCCAUGAGAGCAUACCUCAGGACAUUGGCUGGAAUUCCUCGUGCCCGUGAUCCUCAUUGCGCAAUAUUUAAUCCACUUCGUGUGGAACUCGAUGCUUUUCCCGGAGAAUGUGUUGCUAUGCAAUUGAUCGAAAAUGCGUUGGAUUCGAGACGUCGUGAGGUCACAAUGGAAAGUGGACUUGAACAACUCGAGAGAAGUAUAGCACAGAUAAUUGAAUGGCUUGAGCGCCUACUAGAGUAUGUUAACGAAGUUACAUCUCGCGAUGAACUUCCUGCUGAUGCAACAAUGGGUCGUCGAUUGAUGGACAUUGUGAACACGGCAGCAACGCAUAUGCAAACAGAAAAAUUGGACAGUCUUGUUAAGAAUAGUCUCAGGGAUUAUAUGAUGAUCUCUUACCUGGCCAACCUUACCACUACCCAGCUUCAAGUGCAUAGAGAUGACAAACAACACCUAGUAUUACCUGUCGAGUUAAUAUCUUUGCACCCUCUAAUAGCUUGCUGUCUUUCAAGCAACGCUGUUACGCGGCUCAUUCGGUGA